AUGGUCUCCUCCAUGCUCGCCCGCGCCGCCUCCCUCGGCAUGCGCCGCGGCCUCGCUACCGCCCCCGAAACCGUCAAGGUCGGCAUCAUCGGAGCCGGCCGCAUUGGCCAAGUCCACGCCAAGGCCAUUUCGGGCAUGCAAGGUGCCGAGGUCGUCACCAUUGCCGAUCCGUUCGAGAAGUUCGGCAAGAAAGCCGCCGCCGAUUUCGGCGCUAAUUGGACCCCAAACUGGGAGGACAUGAUUGCUGACGACAACAUCCAAGGUAUCGUCAUCGGCUCGCCCACCCCCUUCCACGCCGAGCAGAUCAUCAAGUCUGCCGAAGCCGGCAAGGCUAUCAUGUGCGAAAAACCCAUCUCCAACGAUCUUGCCACCAUCGACAAGUGUCUCGACGUGGUCGAAAAGACUAAUGCACGUCUGCUCAUCGGCUUUCAGAGGCGUUUCGACGGCAACUUCCAGCAGGUCCGCGAGCAGGUCCAGGCCGGCGCCAUUGGCGAGGUCCGCAUGUUCCAGAUCAACUCGCGUGAUCCCGCCCCGCCUCCGGCUGAGUAUCUCGCCAACUCUGGUGGCAUCUUUUUGGACAUGAUGAGCCACGAUUUCGAUCAGGCCCGAUUCUGCACCGGCGGAGAAAUCGAGGAAGUCUUCGUCACAGGCAAGGCUUUCGAGGAAGCCGCCCAGGAGGCCAAUGAUCUCGACACGGUGCUUGUCACCCUCAAGAUGUCCAACGGCUCGUUCGGAACUAUUGGAAACUCUCGUCGCUGCGCCUAUGGAUACGAUCAGCGAAUCGAGGUCUUCGGCUCCAAGGGUGCUUUGUCCAGCCAGAACCGCGCCCCGCACACCGUCGAGCUCAGCACCGACAGCUCCAUCGCCAAUGCUUUGCCGUACUCGUUCUUCAUGGAUAGGUAUGCUGCCGCUUACACUGGCGUCAUGGCCGCUUUUGUUGAAAUGAUCCGUGACGGAACCGCGCCUUCAGUCACUGGCGCUGAUGGACGUGCCCCAAUCGUCGCCGCCAUGGCUGCUGCUAAGUCAUACGCUGAGGGGCGCCCGGUUCGUCUGUCAGAGGUUGAUAUCGUCGAUGGCGCUUCGCAAAGCUCGGCACAGGCCUGAUUUCGUUCUACGUGGUUAGUCAUUUGGUAGGCCUACACCAUCCCGCGCUUGGAACCAUUGGAGGAAAGUGACAAAAAUAAAAGGAAGAGACUUGUCGGCAAGGGAUUUGGUAUUGAUCUUCAAAUUCUGCCGAUGGCAAUUAUUAGGUUGACCGUGAUGGCUAUGCCUGGAUAACGGAACAGUGACGUGCAAAAGGAAGGAGAGAUGAUUGCUUCGCGCACGAUGCUUCGCAUUUAUGAAUAAACUUCGCGUUCCCGCUUUUUUGAAGGGAUAUUUUGGAA